CGUGGUUGUGUUAUCAUUUACAUGAAGUUUAUGUGCACUGAUCGAAGCCAGGUAACUUGAAGUUUGUGUUGGAGCAUGAUCCUGUUUGUGGAAACUCAGACGUUUAUUGGAUUUAUGAAAACGCAACGCAUCAUCAUCAGCUGAUGAGCCAGUGUGGGCUAGAAAACUACUCUACACUGGUUAAUGCUUCCUUUUUGAUUUCAAGUAGGAAUGGAUGCCACGCAGGCGAUCAGUGACUCGAUCCUAGAAUCUGAGGAGGAGGAAAGUGAAGAGGAAAGCAAGAAUGAAACAAGGAAGCCAUUGGCCAAACUGUGCGUCCUAACAAACCCUCACAUCCCUGAGAAAGAGUUUCCUCUCUUCCUGGGAGAUAAUAUUCUGGGCCGUGACCCCAACAUCUGCACAUUACAGUUGCUCGCACCCUCUGUGUCCAAGCAGCAUGCUACGGUCAGCAUCUCUGUGUACCGCAGAAGAGGCCGUGAUAGUAAAGAGGGCAUGGAGGCCCUGGUUUGGGACCUAGGGAGCAUGAAUGGGACCCGUAAAGGACACCUAAAGCUGACCCCUCAUGUGCGCUAUGCCCUCAGUGAGGGCGACACCUUGGUUUUUGGGAACAUCCCAUGUCAUUAUGUAAGCUCCAGGUCGGAGGAAAAGAGAAUGCCUAUUAUAGGUGGGUGCCUCUCUAUUGAGCAAACUCCAGUUCAACCCCACGGGACUUUGGUACCGGAAUCUGAUUCAGACUCGGAGAGUGAAAGAGGAGCGAGACGGGAUAGAAAACAGAAGACCAUUGUGUCUGAUUCAGACUCCCACAAGUCCAGUCCCAGCUCUUCUGCAUUCUUAAGUCCCCCAAAUAAAGUUGUACCUGAAAGUGAAGAUGAAAGCCCCGUAACGCCGUCCUCCUCCAUCAAGAAUUUGUCAAACAGACAUGUAAGUUUCAGCCUGGAGGAGACGGAUGGCGACGUGGGCCGACAGCGUCCAGAGAAAGACACGACAGCUGCAUUUGUGGAAAACCAUGAUGAGAAAGUCGAAGGAGCAGCAGAAGAAAAUGGAAAUGAUUUGAAAAUCCAUCAGCCCCUUAAUGAAGAUGGCGAGUCGCCUGGGUCAACGUCAGUGUCCCGAGACGCCAUCCCUGAAUUUAACCUGGACAGUGACACUGAUGUGGAGGAAGGAGAGGAAGAGGUGUCGCCUGCGGGGCAAAACGAUCAACCCCCAAACCCAGUCCUUUCACACAUGGACAGUGACACUGAUGUGGACGACGAUACAUCGGAUAAAGUUCCAAAAACUUCUCCUGCUGCUGAAGAAAAAUCAAAACCUUCUGCUAUUCAGCUUGAAGGCAUCGCAAUGGACAGUGACACUGAUGUGGAUGAUGAUGCCAACGUUUCAUCCAAAGCCACAUUAUUUCAGGGUCAGCACACUACUAACUCAGCCCCCUCAUUGCAGCCUGGAGAUUUCCACUUGGACAGCGACACAGAUGUGGAUGAGCAAGAAGACGGAGGAGAAGGAGUGAAACAGGAAGAUCCUAAAACAGACAAAGCUCUCAAUGAUCCAUCUGAUAAACCCACACCUACUGUACCUCAUGAUCUGCAUCCAAGCGACGACGGCUGUAAUGAAGCGGUGGAUGACCCCUCCAUGGCUGCUUCUGGCGCAUCUUCGGAAGGGAGAGCCGGUCUGGAUAUUUUGUCUGAUAGUGACACAGACGUAGAGGAAGACCGCCCCCCUGCUAUAUCUGCUGCUCCUGCAUCAGGAGCUCUGGAGCCGGAUUCCAGUAAAGACAGAGAUGUUAAGGAACCUAUCCUUCCCCAAGCUGAAGCCAAGGGCAGUCAAGCUGACCUUCAGGUGGAAAGUGACACUGAUGUGGAGGAUGAGAAGGCAGUGGAGCGCCAGAUCCCAAACCUGCUCAGAGAAAAUACUCCUGGGUCUCUGGUUCCUCUGCUGCAGAACUGUUCUACUCCUGUUCAGCUUUCAGAAGGAGAGGUUGAGCAGAUGGAAACUCAAGCCUUCACAAGCCCAACGUCAGGCGCACAUCGAUAUGCUGGGGCUUCUUCUUUAGGAGCAGUGGUAUUUUCCUCCUGCUCAGACAGCCAGGAGGAUGGAGACUAUGACGUGGCUGAGACUCAGUCCUUCAUUCUUCAGGAUAGAGAUAGCUACAAAGGUUUAAACCCAGAGCUAGCCUCUGAAAUCGAGUCCUCUGCUGUCCAACCUGAGGAGACUUCCACCAGAGGAGAUUCCUUCCAGCUGGGUCUGUCUGAUAGCAGCCACUUACAGGGUGAGUUUAAAGCUGUGGCCAUGGAAAACACCCAGGCUUACAUCUCAGAAGAUGGAGUUAACCUGGAGGACACUCUGGAGUAUGUGGAAGGAAAUUCUCCUACCCUGGAGGCCACUCAGCCCUACAGCGAUGACAUGGGGCCUUCUAGAUGUUUAGAAAUGUCCAGGAAAGAAGGCUGUGGUUCUUUGGCUAUGGAAGCAACUCAAGCUUAUAUCCCAGAGCCUUAUGACGAAGGUUCAAAUGAAGAUGCAAAACAAAACUCUGCCAAGACUGAAAGCGUGGUUUCCACAUGCUCGUCAACACUUCCUUUGGCUGAAACUCAGACAGUUUCUUCCUCUUCUUCUGAGCCUAAUAAUCCAGUUGGUUCCUUAGAACCUGCUCAAACCGGAGUGCGAAACGAAACAGAGGAGCUUCAAGAAUCUCAAUCAGUUGCUGAAACACAACCCAUGUGUCAAAGUGAUGAAGAGGAGAGGGAUGCUGAGGGGUUGUCAUCACCGUUCCUGAAACCUGCAGAGGAGCAGAAACAUCACACAACCUCCUCGGCCUUAUCCCUCGCUGAAACCCAGCCCAUGUGUACGAGUGACGACGAGGCGAGCGAUGAUGAUGGGUUGUCUGCAGAGUCCCUACAGCCUCUAAAAGUGGAGACACAGCCAGUCACCCAUUCAGCCCUGACUCUGGCGGAAACUCAGCCUGUGGAUGUUGAUGCUGAGGAAGCUCAGUCAACAGAUUUAGGUGAAGGUGACGCAAGUAACGCUGACGACUCUGAGAUGCUGCUUCCCCGAAAAAGAAAAGCAAAACAGCUACAUAUUGAUGAAGAGGAGUCGCAGGAGACUGCUGAAACCCAGCCUGUCUGUCCAAGUGAUGAUGAUGACGAUCUGGACUCGAUGCCGUGCCUACGGAAAAGGAAAGCAAAGCCCCUGCAGCUGGAAGACGAGACGCAGUCACUUGUUGGUUCUCAAAGUUCUGCUCCUGAACCUCAGCCUUCAGCAACAUGUGAAGAAGAGCAAAGCAGCGAAGACUUUAUCACAACCCGAAAACGGAAAGCAAAGCAGCUGAACAUUGAAGAUGAGCAGACUCAGCCUCUGAUUAGCUCUGAACUUGAAGAUAAAGGUCUGUCUGAAAGGGUUCCAGAAGCUGCUGGAGUUUCUGCUGUUGAAGCUCAGGCAGAAGUAAGAGAUGGAAAAUGUGACGUUGGUGAAUCCAUAACUUAUGCAGGAAAAAGAAAAGAAAAGCAGCUGCAUCUUGAAGAGGAGGAGAUGCAGCCAAUCACUGUUUCUGAAGUCUCUCUGACUAAAAUUCAGAGAAAAGCUGACGCGACGAAUGUUUCACCAAGUAGGAACGAAACGAGGGAACAAAACAAGUCUGACAGUGGCAGCUGUCAGAAAGAGAUGAAAGCAGCCAAUCGACAGACAAGGGGGAGAAGAAAUGUAAGGAAACAGGAAGAAGAUGAUGAUGAAGAGGACAAAAACAAGAGCACUGAAAAUGAGAGCCAGAUUAAACAGCAAAGAGAUAAGAAACAAGGGGAAGACAUAGCAGAAGAACAUGUGGCAACAGAAAAGGAGAGGGAUGAGCUGGUAAAUGAAACGCAAACAAAAAGAAGAAAGAGAGAGGAGAAGAAAUCCCAACAUGAGAUAGAAGAUCAAAGGGAAGCGAGUUUGGAGACAAGGAAGCAGGAAGAACCCGAAGCAAGACUGGAGGAAACGGCAAAAUCUGAAGAAAAACAACUUCAAGAUUUACAAAAUAAUAAUGAGGAAGAGGAGAACCACAGAGGUUCUGUAAGAACCCGAAGAUCAAGAGGCCGGGGUGGAGCCGGGCCCCAUCAAAGCUCGACCUUCUCAGUGAGCGAGGACGUCCCUGCGAGGAGAACCCGCUCCAGCUCGGUCAGCUCAGAGAGGUCGGUCUCCAGCAUCAACGACAAAACCCAGGAGAGCAAAGGAAGAGGGAGAGGAGCGAAGAGGAGCAGCGAUACCCCCAAAACAGCUGUGAGGAGCAGCAGACGAAGGACGGCCACAGAAGCAGCAGAGCAGGACGGUGAAGCUCAGAUGCUCAGUGCUAGUCCAAAAGCCAGUUCUAAGGCCUCCAGCACCACCUCCCAGAACAGAGGAAGAGGAGGAAGACCUCGAGGAAGAGGAAGGAAAACAUCUCACUCCAACAUUAUUGCUCCUGACAUUAGAGAUUCCACAGAGAGGAGCAGAUUGUCAGAAAGCUCCUCCACAGAUAUUCUGCAGCAAGACAAAAGGCAACCCAGCGCUCAGCUCACUGUUACCAGUAGGGGGCAGCAGCGGGUCGGUGCCAAAGGAUCUGAAGAUUUAGCUCUGAAUAAUAAAGGCCGUAAAAAAAAUCAGGAAAAAGCUGAAGAUCUAAAUAUCUCUCUGCCUAAGAGGAAUUCAAGGAGCACAGGCCCAAAAGCAGUAAAAGCUGAACCUGUGGAGGAAACUGAAGCUCCUACAGUUAGUUAUGGGGAGGAGGCCAGAGACGAGAGCAAAGCAAACACUGAAGCAGAUGGAGAGCAGAAACCAAAAGAGGAGCAAAACAAAGAGAUUCCUUUUGCCAUCCCAGGAAGGAGAACUAGCAGAGCUUUAAGCACUCGGGUGAAGAAAAGUGAAAAAUCCCUCCCAAAAAACCAGGUAGAAGAUGGGAAGAAAGGAGCAGUGAGCACUGUUGAGAAGAGAACCAGGGCCGGAUCCUCAGAGGUCCAGAAAAAUAAGAAGCAGGGGCUGCAGGAAACUAAAGCAUCCGACUCUUCCAUGGAACAGGAUGGAGCUGAGGAGGUAGCAGAGCACCCUCAGACCCCGGCCGCGACUCCUUCCAGGAAGCGACGAGUUUCUUCAAACUCCUCCCCCGUGGCAAAGACACCUCGUUCCUCCUCUGCGUCUCCUGCUACGAUUAGCCGACUGGGCCACGGGAGCCCAGCCUACAAGGUCCUAUUCACUGGAGUGGUGGAUGAAUCUGGAGAGCGAGUGCUGGCUCGUUUAGGAGGCGCCAUGGCCCAAGGCGUCUCAGACAUGAACUGCCUUGUGACGGAUAAAGUGCGAAGGACGGUGAAAUUCCUGUGCGCCGUGGCUAAAGGUGUCCCAGUCGUCACCACACAAUGGCUGGAAAAGAGCGGUAAGGCUGGGAGCUUCCUUUCUCCGAAUGCUUUUGUUGUAAAGGACCCGGAGCAAGAGAAGAAGUUCAGCUUCUCCCUGCAGGAGUCUCUGAGGGUUGCCAGCGGCCAGCCUCUUCUGCAGGGAUAUCAGAUCCACGUCACAAAGUCAGUAAAGCCUGAACCAGUUCACAUGAAAGACAUCAUCACCUGCAGCGGCGCCACAUUUCUACCAAAGAUGCCCAAAGCUCACAAGCCUCUGACCGUAGUGAUUUCCUGCGAAGAGGACCUGCAUCUGUGUGUCCCCGCCAUGUCCGCAUCUCUUCCCGUCGUCACCGCUGAGUUUAUCCUCACCGGGAUCCUGCAGCAGAGAGUGGACUUACAGACUCAUGCACUUUCUGCCCCUGCAGCCAGGCUGGAACCUGCUGAGGGCAGAGGGAGAGGCCGGAGGAAGACUUAGUAGACCGUGUCACUGUGAAUAUAGGCUCAAGAUGUUUGAGUUUGUAUGUCUCUUUAAGCUUAGAUUAAAAUUGCAGAACGUUUGUCUGCUUCAAGGACUCAAGAAUGUAUUUACCAUCAAAUAUGAAUGCAAACAUAUUUUCUAGGUACAGUUUUUCUGCUUCAGCCAUUUAUGAGUCAUUCUGUUUGCUUAGAAAUGUUAAUUCCUAGAGGCUGAAAAGCACUAG